AGAGGAAGAGAGGAGAAAGGAAAUAAACAAAAAAUGUUUGUUUUGCUAUUGACUAUAAAUAGCUGGUACUUUUAAAUCUGGUUUCACUUGUGGCCUCUUCGUAGACUCUAGUUCAUGUCUCUUGAUUGUUACCUUUAUGAUUAGUUGCUGUUGAUGUACACCUUCAUGCAUCAACUAUCGAUGGAUGGCACAUUGAAGACCAUGCGUUUUGGCAAGAAAAUUUUGGGACUCUGUUGGCCCAGCUGAAGAUUUCUUGUAGUGUGUUAAUUUAACUGAUUAACUCACUUGGUUGAUUAUCUACUCGGCAUUUUAGAUAUCACUAGAUGUCGCACAAAAUGGUUUCCAUGUGGAUGGAUGGAUCUUUUAAGAUAUAAAUGCUUGAUUGAGAAUAUAGUUUUAUUUAGUUCUUUUAUUGACUGUUCAACUAUAUUAUCUAAAUAACCAUGAUUUGUCCUAAAAGACAAGUUUUGAAUUUUUUUCAUGGUUUUAAAAGUAGUCGUCUGUUAUCUUCCAGUCCUGAUUCCACAACGAAAAUACAAGGAUGCCUUAGUGAUAUAACCAUCCUUGAUUUAACCCGAAUAUUGGCUGGGCCUUUUUGCACCAUGCUUUUAUCAGAUUUGGGUGCCAAAGUUAUUAAAGUUGAAAAGCCCGGUAAAGGUGAUGAAACUCGGAGCUGGGGUCCACCUUACGCUAAUGGUGACGCCGCUUAUUACUUGUCAAUCAAUCGUAAUAAAAAGAGUAUUGCCGUUGAUUUCAAAAAGUCAGAAGGACUGAAGAUACUAGAAAAAUUAGUGGCGCAAAGUGAUGUUUUCAUUGAAAAUUAUAUACCCGGUAAAUUAUCUGAAAUGGGUCUCGGCUAUGAUGAUCUGAAUAAGAUCAAUCCUGGAAUCAUUUAUUGUUCCAUCAGUGGUUUCGGACCUACAGGACCUUAUGCUAGACGAGCUGGUUUCGAUGUCAUUGCUGCGUCUAUGGGUGGUCUUCUUGCCAUAACUGGACCAGAAGGAGGUGCACCUUGCAAGGUUGGAGUUGCAUCAACUGAUUUAAGCACUGGUCUUUAUGCCCACGGAGCUAUUCUCGCUGCUCUACAUCAAAGAACCCAUACAGGCUUGGGAAUGAAAAUUGAUUGUAAUUUACUUUCAACUCAAGUUUCCUUGUUAGCCAAUUUAGGAGUAGGUUAUCUUAACGCAGGUCUAGUUCCACAACGUCGAGGAACAGCUCACGAAAAUGUUGUCCCGUAUCAGGCAUUUAAAUGCGCCGAUGGAAGAUAUAUAACAAUUUGUGCUGGCUCUGAUAAAAUGUUCCAUUCCAUUUGUAAAGUCGUUUUUCCCUCAGAUGAGGCAGAAAAGGUUAUCAAUGAUCCGAAAUACGUUGAUAACGCUUCUCGAAAUGUGAAUAGAAAAGAGCUUGUCGACCUGAUAGAAAAGGCUUUGGCCCGUAAACCAAUGCAAGAAUGGUUAAAAGAUUUCGAAGGAACUGGCAUUUCCUAUGGACCUGUGAAUGAUGUUGAUCUAGUAUUUGAAGAUCCACAAGUUAUACAUAAUCAAUCGGUUAUCGAUGUUGACCAUAACAAAGGAGGUAAAAUAAAACUCCUUGGUCCUGCUGUUAAAUAUCAACCUCUGGCUCCAAAUUUGACGGCUUUCCGGGAAAAAAUGACUUCUCCUCCAGAUGUUGGUGAACAUACAAUUCAAGUUCUGGAACAAUUAGGCUACGAUCAAAAAUCAAUUGAACAGCUAAAGGAAAAGAAAAUAAUUCAAUGCUCGAAAUAGUCUGUCUUUAUAAUUUAAUAAAUACUGAUUGUUUAUACAUUCUAUAUUUUAUACCGAAGUCAAGAGUAGCAAUUAUAUGUUAACUACACUCUCAAAUGGUCUAUACUGAUGAUAAAGAGUAUAACUUGAUAAUAAACUUCUAAUUGGGCUAAUUUUCAA